UACAACAAACUUCAAGUUAUUUUGAUUAUUUCACUUUCAAAACGAUAUACAGGGUUCGAUUAACUGUGUAAUUAUUGCAGUUACUAGAAGUCUAUAAAUGCCGUGAGAUGUCGAUUUUUGUCGCGGAUGUUAAAUCGUGUUUUGGUACUAGAGUUUCCGUAAAGUCUCAUAAUGGGUUCUGUAUACAGCAGUCUUCGAAGCUAUUAUUUGCGCUGUUUGAACAUCCAUCACAAGCCUGUAGAAAAGCCGAGAUCUUCCGACCUUAAGCCACUUGAAUUCACUGUUAAUCCAGAAAAUUCCUUUGCAAUUCGACUGUUGAGAUCACUGAUACAGCCAUCUGACCUGCUUGAAAAAAAUAUCCUAGUUAGUCCGUGCCAUGUUGAGGUGAUACUAGCAGCGCUGUUGCCGAGAAUCGACGGAGACAUCAGGGAUUUACUGACGGAACUAUUGUGUCCGAAUGGAAGGAGUUAUGAAGAAUUUCUUAAAACCUUGGACGACGCCGUCCUAGAAGGCUUGAAUAUUGUGUUUUAUGAUGAUACAUACUCUAUGGUGGAUCAUUCAGCGGGACAAUAUAUCGCCCAGGUGGAAUUCAUGAAAGCUGCUUUUCACAGCAAUCCCGAAGAGGCUGCAAACAUCAUCAACCGCAUUAUUUCCAGCAAAAUUAGUGCCAAUGCCAACCAGUUUUCUCCUGUAGUCACAUCAGAUGCCUCGCUAAUUCUGGUCAGCAUUGUACAAGUUUCCGGCAAAUGGGAAAGCCCAUUUCGCACGGGAGAUACGCAGACUGGGACCUUUUACGGCCUUAAUAAAAAGGAGACGCAAGUCCCACUGAUGAAAUACGAGUCGUGUUGGGUGCGUACGUAUAAUGUUCCUGGAACUGGUGGUUGCCAUAAAGCGGCUGGACAUCCGCAUAUGGUUAUAAUGGAUUUAGCCGGCGGAACGUAUUGCGUCAUGAUUAUUCUGCCGUCAGUGGACGAAGAAAUAAGUCAAAUAAUGGAUAAAUUCCAACAAAUUCUGACCAUUGAAACCCUGUUAAAAUGGCGCGAAAAGGCAUACGGAAACGAUGUCGAUAUUGUUGUGCCCAAAUUCCGCCUGCGUCACACCACUGAUUUGAAAUCGUGCAUGGAAGUGAUGGGUUUGGACGGGCUGUUUACACCAUCAGUUAGCACGUUUAGACCAAUGUCUGGGGAAGAAGAAGUGAACGUCCAAGAGUUCAGGCAAGAAAUCAUAAUAGGUCUUGACGAAUAUGGGCUGAAUGCAUCCCCCUUUUCUCAACCCCGAUAUGUGCCGGGACUUCCACUGACUAAUCCAAACUUUGUCGUCAAUAGACCGUUUUUGUUAAUUGUUUGGGACGAAUAUAAUAAUAUUCCUGUUAUUAUUGGGCAAAUAACCGAUCCUAUCAGUAUGUGAUCACUGAUCGUCCUGUGAAACUGCACGGCGCAGAAUUUGGGAUCUCCUUUGUGUCAGAGCAAGCUGCUGUAGAAAUAGCACUGGUAGGGAUAAACCACAUAGGCACUUGUCCAGUGGCACUUGUCCAGUGUCUUGAUUAAUGGAUUUUAGA